CCUUCAUCCCGGAUGUACAGACAGGAAAAAUCCUGAGGUGGUCUCAGAGAGCAGCAAGGCAGAUGCCCUGGCCAGGGCUGGUGACUAUGGUGGCUCUACUUCCUCGCAGGCCCCUGGGCACGGUGUGAGCCCCUAUGCCGAGGGCUCCCCGCUGCCACCCUCUGCCUGCUCCUUCCCCAGCCUCCGUGGAUGCCCUCGCCAGCCCCAGGAAUGUGACUCCCUGUGUCAUUGUAUUCCUUGCAUCCCCUUCCACUUCGGGAGUUUUCUGCUCCUCCGGCUAGAUCCUCCCUAGCUGGGGACCAAGAGGGAGCAAGCAAGAAAAACUUCCCCCAGGCAGGAUGGCUUGCAGAAGACGCUAUUUUGUGGAGGGCGAAGCACCCAGCAGUGAGACGGGCACAUCGCUGGACAGCCCCUCGUCCUAUCACCAGGGCCCCCUGGUGCCCGGCUCCAGCCUGAGCCCUGACCACUACGAGCACCCAUCGCUGGGGGCCUAUGGGCUGUACUCGGGGCCCCCGGGGCAGCAGCGUGCUCGGAGGCCCAAGCUGCAGCACUCCACCUCCAUUCUGCGCAAGCAGGCUGAGGAAGAGGCCAUCAAGCGCUCGCGCUCGCUCUCUGAGAGCUAUGAGCUCUCCUCGGACCUGCAGGAUAAGCAGGUGGAGAUGCUAGAACGGAAGUAUGGGGGACGCCUCGUGACCCGCCAUGCAGCCCGCACCAUCCAGACUGCGUUCCGCCAGUACCAGAUGAACAAGAACUUCGAGCGCCUGCGCAGCUCCAUGUCCGAGAACCGCAUGUCGCGCCGCAUCGUGCUGUCCAACAUGAGGAUGCAGUUCUCCUUCGAGGGGCCCGAGAAAGUGCACGGCUCCUACUUCGAGGGCAAGCAGGUCUCGGUGACCAACGAUGGCUCCCAGUUGGGUGCUUUGGUUCCAUCAGAGUGCGGUGACCUUGGCAAGCCACCCACCAUCAAGUCCCCAGCUGCCUCCAGUGACUUUGCGGACGCCAUCACAGAGCUGGAGGACGCUUUCUCCCGGCAGGUGAAGUCGCUGGCGGAAUCCAUUGAUGACGCCCUUAACUGUCGCAGCCUGCAUGCAGAGGAGGUGCCAGCCCCUGAUGCAGCCCGGGUCCGGGACACCGAGCGGAAGCCAGGCCUGCACGGCAUGGACCACCAUAAGCUGGAUGAGAUGACCGCCUCGUACAGUGAUGUCACCCUGUACAUCGACGAGGAGGAGCUGUCGCCCCCUCUGCCACGCUCACAGAUGGGGGACCGGCCGUCCAGCACCGAGUCAGAGCUGCGGCUGCGGGCUGGAGGCCCGUCCCAGGACUACUGGGCCCUGGGUCACAAGGAUGACAAGGGAGACACGGACACCAGCUGCCGGAGCACACCUUCCCUGGAGCGGCCGGAGCAGCGGCUGCGGGGGGACCACCUCCCCUUGCUGACCAUUGAGCCGCCCAGUGACAGCUCCGUAGAACUCAGCGACCGCUCGGACCGUAGUUCCCUCAAAAGGCAGAGUGCUUAUGAGCGCAGCCUUGGUGGGCAGGAGGGCAGCCCCAAGCACGGCCCCCAUGUUGGAACCCUCAAGGGGCUCCCCCGGGAAGAACCUGAGCUGCGGCCUCGGCCCCCCAGGCCCAUUGACAGCCACCUGGCCAUCAAUGGCUCAGCCAAUAGGCAGAGCAAGUCCGAGUCCGACUACUCUGAUGGAGACAACGACAGCAUCAAUAGCACAUCCAAUUCCAACGACACCAUCAACUGCAGCUCGGAGUCAUCGUCCCGUGACAGCCUUCGGGAGCAGACACUCAGCAAGCAGACCUACCACAAAGAAACCCGGAAUAGCUGGGACUCGCCCGCCUUCAGCAAUGACGUCAUCCGCAAGCGGCACUACCGCAUCGGCCUGAACCUCUUCAACAAGAAGCCGGAGAAAGGCGUCCAGUACCUCAUCGAGCGUGGCUUCGUGCCCGACACGCCUGUGGGGGUGGCCCACUUCCUGUUGCAACGCAAGGGUCUAAGUCGGCAGAUGAUCGGCGAGUUCCUGGGCAACCGGCAGAAGCAGUUCAACCGCGACGUGCUUGACUGCGUGGUAGACGAGAUGGACUUCUCAGCCAUGGAGCUGGACGAAGCCCUCCGGAAAUUCCAGGCUCACAUCCGUGUCCAGGGGGAGGCACAGAAAGUGGAGCGGCUCAUCGAGGCCUUCAGCCAGCGGUACUGUAUCUGCAACCCCGGAGUCGUGCGGCAGUUCCGGAACCCAGACACUAUAUUCAUCCUGGCCUUUGCCAUCAUCCUGCUCAACACGGACAUGUACAGCCCCAACGUCAAGCCCGAGCGUAAGAUGAAGCUGGAGGACUUUGUCAAGAACCUCCGAGGUGUGGACGAUGGUGAGGACAUUCCCCGGGAGAUGCUCAUUGGGAUCUAUGAGCGGAUCCGAAAGCGAGAGCUAAAGACCAACGAGGACCAUGUGUCUCAGGUGCAGAAGGUGGAGAAGCUCAUUGUGGGGAAGAAGCCGAUCGGAUCCCUGCACCCUGGGCUUGGCUGUGUACUUUCUCUGCCCCAUCGUAGGCUGGUCUGCUACUGCCGGCUCUUCGAGGUUCCAGACCCAAAUAAACCCCAGAAACUCGGGCUGCACCAGCGAGAAAUAUUCCUGUUUAACGAUCUCUUGGUGGUCACCAAGAUUUUCCAGAAGAAGAAGAACUCAGUGACGUACAGCUUCCGACAGUCCUUCUCCCUGUACGGCAUGCAGGUCCUGCUUUUCGAGAGCCAGCACUACCCCAACGGCAUCCGGCUCACGUCUGCUGUCCCCGGUACGGACAUCAAAGUGUUAAUAAACUUCAACGCACCCAACCCUCAGGACCGGAAGAAAUUCACUGAUGACCUGCGGGAAUCCAUCGCCGAAGUACAGGAAAUGGAGAAGCACAGGAUAGAGACGGAGCUGGAGAAGCAGAAGGGCGUUGUGCGCCCCAGCAUGUCCCAGUGCUCCAGCCUCAAGAAGGAGUCAGGCAACGGGACCCUGAGCAGGGCCUGCCUGGACGACAGUUACGCCAGCGGCGAGGGCCUCAAACGCACCGCCCUCAGCAGCUCCCUGAGGGACCUCUCAGAAGCGGGGAAACGAGGGCGUCGCAGCAGUGCGGGAUCGCUAGAGAGCAAUGUGGAAGGGUCCAUCAUUAGCAGUCCUCACAUGCGCCGGAGAGCUACAUCAACACAAGAGUGUCCAUCUCGCCCACACCAGACUAUGCCUAAUUCAUCCUCCCUCCUGGGCUCCUUAUUUGGUAGUAAGAGAGGGAAGCCCCAACCCCAGGCCCACCUACCCGCAGCCCUUGCCCAGCCGCCUCCCCACCCACCCCUCCUGCCCCACCCACAGCACCCUUUGGCCAGCCAUCACCAGGGGCCUGCAGAGAGCCAGGCGCAUGGGCACCACACCCCGUACUGCCACAUGCAGCAGAACCCGCCCCCGUACCACCACCACCACCACUACCACCCCCCUCAGCACAUCCAGCAUGCGCACCAGUACCACCACGGCCCCCACGGGGGCCACUCACCCUACGGGGCCCACGUGCACGGCCACCCACCGAUGGCCGUGGCCCAGGCAGGGCAUGCAGCACACCACCAUGGGCAGCCGCCCGCCCCGCCUCCCCCCACCAGCAGCAAGGUCAAACCCAGCGGCAUCAGCACAAUUGUGUAGACAAUCUGGGUGGAAGUCCCAGACCCCCUGGAACAACGGCACACCGCACAGAGGCGCACCCCAGGUGCUGCCAGCCUCACAACCGAACCCAGGGCACUUCUAUCUCCACCUAGCCCCUCUGGUCCCCAAGCUUAGACGGAGCCCCAGGAGCCUCGUGGCUGUUGUUUCAGGGAACAGAGCUCCUGAUUUAAUUCCGGCUGGCACCCUGGGCUCCGUUUACUCCAGCCCAGGGCGUAGGCCUCAGCCACCGUCAGCCUUGAAAGGGGCCCCCCCUGCCCAGUAGAUGUCGAAUUGCCUUCCACCCUCCGUCAGCGCUCAGCCCUCUGCUCCUUAGUUUCACACGCAGUCUGAAAACCCACCUCGAAACAGAAGUGAGGGACAAACCAAGCACCCCAAACUGGCUGCAUGCUUGCUCUUUAUUAACAGUGGGCAAAAGUUUAAGUAGACCUGAUAUGGUUGAUGAAAAGUACGUAAGUAAACUUUAUAUCAUAUAAAUAUAUAAAUAUAUAAAUACACACAUAUAUAUAUAUAUAUAUAUACUGUAUAGGUAGUAUUUGUGUGUGAAAGGCAGACGUUUCAGUCCCCCAAAUUAGCAAUAUAGACUUUACCAGGAACCCCCCUUGCCUGAUAGAAAGACAGUACCUUAGAUGAGCGUGUGAGAGAGUAGACGACCAAAACCUUAAAUGCUAGGAACAAAUUCAGAUACUUCCAUAUUUUCAUAAAAAGAAGAGAAGUCUCUGUAGGACUGGCUCAAACCUGUACGCAAUCAUUACUAACUGUGCCAAGUAACGUAGCAUCUAACUGUUUUAAAACUCCAAUAUUGCUUUGUAUAAAUCCUUAUUUUAUUAACAGAAUACUAUCAUAAAUAAUCAGUAUUAUAACUGCUCUGUUCUUUCAGGUAAGCAAAUAGAGAAAAUGCAGUAAACUGCAGUAACUAGUGAGGAACUGGUUGCCUGAGACUCUUGGUUACACAGACUCUUAGACACUUUAAUGGCUGUGAUAACUGUGAACUUUCAUGACCCGUGUUUCUUUUGUACACACUUGAUUCAAUGCACACUCACUCAGGGUCCUCUGUGAGAGGCCCCAUACACGCCAAAAGUACUCAUCCCCAGUGGGAAAAGGACCCGCCCUCACCACCAUCACUCACUCAUCUUGUUUCCAACCUCCACAGGCAGAAGCUCCUCCCACCCCCACCCCCACCCCCACCCAAGAGUGCUUCCACUGGGAACCACUGUCACACCUAAAGGCUGGUUUUAGCCGCUAACCACCAGGGCGGGGCGUGUGUGUUCCAUCCUGCUUCGGAGUAGCAGCAGUGAUCAUUGUAAUUCCAUACAGCCAUGUGCUAGCAGAACACCUGUGUCAUCACUGUGGCCCAUGCGACCCCGCCAACGAGUGCCCAGCCCUCGCCAGGCGAAGCCCCGCUGCCUCCUCAUGGUCCAGUUAGCUGCCAGGGCAUCACAUGACGCAGCUGUGCUCUUGUCGCUUCUGUGUUGUGGUGACACCUCCAAGUGUUGUGCCGGAGUCACACAUGGGCCAUACUUUGUAGUUUCAGCCUUUUGAACCACUGCGGCCACCGGUGCUGUGCUCCUAAGCCGCAGGACCAAGGACUGCUCCGUGGCCCCUGCCCAAGUGGAGAGCCCUUUCAGAAAGGGUGAAGCUCAAACGUGACUCGGCGGGCCAGGGGCAUGCCGCUCUGCUGUCAGUACACAACGCGGAGGAGCGUGUGGCUGGAUGACGGCAGGAAAAGAGGAAGUCCGCCUGGGCUUUGGGUCGCCCUGCUGGGCAGCUGGGGUUUGCCGAUGUCCCCGCCCCCGCUCCCUUUGUCAUAUCAUUGAGAUCACCAUACCAGCAAAUCUGCAAACUGAGCACUUUGUUCAUCUUCACAGAGAGCACCUACACAGCAAUCUAGAGUUUACCUUUGCUGCUGCUUUUUCCUUUCUUUUUUUUAACGUGGCUUUAACCUGCCCACCUUUGUCUUCCCAUCGGUGUGCUGUUUCUUUCUUGGGCAUCUGCUGGGAAAGAAAUAAGGAGCGUGUGGAUCUGCGACUCUGUCCGGCCGCAGGGCUGGUGGGAGGCGGCCGCUCUGCCUUACAGCCUCAGGUGGACGGGCUGAGCAGGAAGGGCUGGGUUGUACUGCAUGUCCCAGCACCACUUGUGGGGCUACACUCUAUGUAUUGUCUAUUUGCAGCUAUAUCAGUGUUACUGUUGACAACUAGUUGAAGUGAAGUGAUCACAUAUUAAAUAUGUCCGCUUUUCUUCACCCUCUGUACCAAUGGUAGUCGAGCUGUAAACUUCAGGUUGUUCCAGAAAAGAUACCGAUUACUUGGUACAAAGCUGCCCUACUGAAGGGCCAUCAGUAGUGAAAGUCCCGGCAGCACAAAAAACAAAACAAAACAAGGAAUCCGGUGGAGGGCUCACUCUCCAGCGCUGUCAGGUUGUGCUGCGGGACUGUGGGGAAUGCCCACCCUCCCCUGGCACAGGCAGCGUGUCCUGCAGCUUGGGGAGGGUGCCGCAGACAGGAUGUAGUGAACAGGGGCAGCACGUUCAAUCUCGCCCUGCCUACAGGGGGAGUGGCUUCAGAUCAGUGAGGGUGCAGCAGGCCACGUGUCCCCGAGCUGUCCUGUGAGGAGGGUGGCUAGUAGGGGCAACUGAUUCAGAAGAGUGGAAUCCUGCUGCCCAAAUGAGGACCAAAAAGCCAAAGCCUCACAAACAGGCCCCCCCCCUGCCCCAAAUUGCUUCGGGGUGGGGGUGGGGGCCGUACCUUACUGAGCCCAAACAAUCAUCUCCCCUGCCAUCCACUCCCUUGGGUCUGAGACGAGGCCAAGGGAUGGUGGAGUCGGCCUUUCUGACUGGCAGGGCACGCUGGGAGCAUUUUUCUCAAGUUGCACAAAUGAUUUGAUGGCAGUGAUCUCUGAAAAGCAGGAGGCCUUCCGAGGAAGCAGCUGGUAACACCAAGAUCUUUUCUGGGACAACAAUUCAAUCAUGUAUUUGUAUUUUUUUAAGUUUAUGAAUGAAUUGUACAAUGAUGUAAAAAAUAAAGUUCAUCUUAAUAUGACGUGCACAUCUUACAAAUGUCUUCGGUCAUCCAGUGUAGAGUGAUUUUAUAGCAGAAGCCUCCUUUUUGUCUAAAUAAACGAAAAGACCUAUGUAAACAAUGACAUAGGUGUCGACUCAGUGCUCCCUAUGAAGCUGGGUCUCCACAGGUAAGCAUGCAUCUCAACAGCUUUCGUUGUAAGAUACCAUCACCCUAUCUGCCUGAAAAACGAGUCGUUUUGUAUUGUAAACAACAGUAGUCAGACUUGGAGGGAGGUGUCGGGGUGGUGAACACAGGAGCAGCAGGAGAUGGGCACCUUCCUCAGCUUGCACACUGGUGUGACUGCUCUGCCCGCAGGCACCCCAGGGUGGCAUACUGUGUCCGUCCCCUCUUAGGGACUUUCAUUCACCGUAGAAUGGUUUUAAACUAUUAGAACCAAGUCUGAAUUCAGAUUGUUGCAAGACUUCAAGAGACACCUUGCUCACAAGAAGCCUGGCACCCACGAUGUAACUCUGGGGAGGAAAAGAGUGCUUUUGUUUUAAUAUGCAUUCUGUUUGUGAGUAGUAACAGACUCUAUUGAUGUAAAACCAUAGCUGUGAUCAUGUGGAGAAAUCAAAUAAAUCCUUUAAAACUC